AUGGCUGCCACACGGCCUCCCGCUAUUGAGCAGCGAGAUGAGAAGGCGGGGGCCCCAGCUGAGAAGCCCUACUCCAGGAGCCAGACGUCCGGAACGUCCCCAUGGCAGGUAAGCUGGGAGCCCCGCCCGGACUCCCUGUUACCAUCAGGCCCUUCCUCCACCUCCACCGGGGCCCAAGCCACGGCCAAAGCCACCGGGCAGGGCCCCAAGAACCCACGUGUGUCCAGCGUGACGGUUCAGCUGGAGAUGAAGGCUCUGUGGGAAGAAUUCAACCAGCUGGGCACAGAGAUGAUUGUCACCAAGGCUGGCAGGAGGAUGUUCCCCACCUUCCAGGUGAAGAUCCUGGGCAUGGACACGCUGGCGGACUAUGCCCUGCUCAUGGACUUCGUGCCCCUGGAUGACAAGAGAUACAGGUACGCUUUCCACAGCUCGGCCUGGCUGGUCGCCGGCAAGGCAGACCCGGCCACGCCCGGCCGCGUGCACUUCCACCCCGACUCCCCCGCCAAGGGCGCACAGUGGAUGCGCCAGAUCGUGUCCUUCGACAAGCUCAAGCUGACCAACAAUCUGCUGGACGACAAUGGCCACAUCAUUCUCAACUCCAUGCACCGCUACCAGCCCCGCUUCCACGUGGUCUUCGUGGACCCCCGCAAGGACAGCGAGCGCUACGCCCAGGAGAACUUCAAGUCCUUCGUCUUCACGGAGACCCAGUUCACGGCCGUGACGGCGUAUCAGAACCACCGGAUCACCCAGCUGAAAAUCGCCAGCAACCCCUUUGCCAAGGGCUUUAGGGAGAGUGACCCGGACUCCUGGACUGUAUCUCCACGGCCCCUGCUCAGCGUCCCGACCCGGAGGCGCAGCAGCCUUGGCCCCUGUCUGCUGAAGGGCUCCACUGAGCAGGAGAAAGACCCCAACAAAGCUCCAGCCUUCACCUCCAGGACCCCUGCCAGGCUCCACCAUCAGCUGCUGGCCCCCACUGAGGCUCUGCUAGCCCCGGCCACCUACCAGCCCCUCACCUACCAGGGCCUACGUCCCAAAGCUCUACCCAGUGCGGUUGGCUUCCCUGGGGCACAGAGUGACGGGAAAGGUGGUGACACAAGCUGA